AUGGCGGCGUUGGAGCUUGGCCUUGAAGAAAACUUUGACAAUACAGGGGACGGGCAACUCAGAGUCCCCGGUUUUGUCUACGACUAUCGAUUCGAGCUGGACGACCUCAAAAGGUUUCGCCAUGGAGCUAACGAUUUUCAACAGGCGCCCCGGUUGACAGCCAGGGAGGUGGCUAUGCUAGGGGUAAUGAAUGCUUUAACAGAUAAAGCAGACUGGCAUCUGAAAGUAUUCGACGAGGAGAUAGUAGGGAGAUGGAAGGAGGAGGCUCGUGCUGUCCCUCUCAUCAGCGAUAAGGCAUGGGAUUGGUGCAUGGCCGAGCUGCGGGACAAGGCAACGAGAUUCGAGAAGACUGGUCGGGUUCAGGUUCUCGAUGCGGCAUCAAGAAUCUCCAAGUCUGACCGGCGAGUUCCGAGAUCACUGAUUCAAGACUUGAGGGAUGCUGUCAGUCCACUGUUAAAUCGACCCAAUGCCGAAAAGGACUGGCACCCUGGCUCGGACGAUAAGGUGCUUAAUCUUGUGCAUCCAUCUCUGUUCCCGUUGGUCUAUGGGAAAACAAAGGUUCUGAUGAAGGGAGGCAAGGUGCCUCUCGACUUCGCCGAUGCUGGAGCAUUUGACGGUGCAGAAACUGCUCCUCCGAUCCCAGUCUCGAGGCAACGCUUCAGACCCGGCCUUGGGAUGAAUGUCCAGCGGGACACAUGGUCCCAGAAAUUUCAAUGGCUUCCUUGCGAAGUUGAAUUUACUGAAGACGCUGGCACCGACGUUCAGAUCUCAUCUUACAUCAACAACCUUCAUCCCUCACAUCAUGCAGCAUACACGGCCAUUGAGAAAAUCAUUUCGCUAUCAAUUGCACCGUGGAAUGAAGUCCUUGUUGCUGCAUACCGUGGACGGACCCCACCACGGAUACUGACUUACGGUGCGCAGUUCACGCCAGAUCUUCCCGAAUGGCACGAGGAUCUUUUUGAAAUCCAAAGGAACCAGGAAUCGGACCCAACGGCCUAUGAGGAAGCUCGAAAAAUGGUUUUGAAAUACAUUGGUCAGCCCGAAACCGCUGAUGACUCCGCGGAUGAAGAAGAUCUUACGGAAGAAUCCGAUGAGGAGCCUGAAUUCAGUAUUGAGGAUUACGGACUUUCGGGCGUUGUUGACGAAUUCUACAAACAGAAAAUUCGAAAGGUCGUCCAUCCUGAGCCGGGAGUGUCGUUCUCCUUUGAGCAAUGGAAAGUUGGGCUCACUAGCGAUGCCAUCAUCCAGAGGAACGGAUUUUAUGGAUCAUCGAGACCAGACCAUGUUUACUAUCCGCUUCGGAUCCAGGAUAGCUUCCGCGACGAAGGGCUCCAGGUCAUCGUCAAGCUCGCUAGUAUAGAGCUAACACCUGAGAAGCCGAGGUACGAUGGUGGGAACUGGCACAUUGAAGGCUUGUUGAACGAACACAUUGCGGCUACGGCUAUCUACUAUUACGAUGUUGAUAAUUUGACUGAGUCGAAGAUUUCAUUCCGCACUGCAGCCGAUUUGGAUUCUAUGGAUUUCCAUUAUGAGCAGGACGACCAUGCCCCAAUAGCUGAAAUCUUUGGCAUUUCGUCUGGCAAACUCAGACAAGAACCGGCUAUACAGAACCUGGGUUCUGUCACCACUCCCGAAGGCCGGCUCCUAGUCUUUCCCAACACGCUGCAGCACAAGGUGGAGCCAUUCGAGCUGAUCGAUCAGACGCGACCAGGCCAUCGACGGUAUUUGGUUCUCUGGCUGGUGGAUCCGCAUUAUCGCAUUUGCUCGACACGCAACGUGCCGCCGCAGCAGGAAUCAUGGCGGGCCGCAGCCGAGACCGAGUCAGCGCCUGAUUCUGAUGAUUCAGAUAGCGAGACUAUGGGAAGCGAGGCGGACGACGAUUGGAUGUCGCUCGAAGAGGCGAAGAGAUUGAGGUUGGAGCUGAUGGCGGAACGGACGAGGGCUAUGGAGGACGUUGAGAGGGCUACAGAGGAGUAUAACUUUUGUGAGCACUGA